AUGACUGAACAGAUGGGGGUGAAUGAACAGGAUCCUUAUGCUUUUGAUUAUCUCUUAGGGAGAGACUUGGGCGCAAUCAAGGGGAAUCAUACUUUACACCAUCCAUCGUCGCAGGCCCGCGAAUUCAAAUACCAGGACUACGAUGAUAGCUUCUCUUACAAUGCCGAAAGUCUUUUAGACCCCUCAAGCCGAUUGUCCAAAAGGUAUCCCCAAGUAAGUCAGGUUCUUCGAGAGCGUCUAGGGGUAGCGUUUGGCAAACGGAAUAACGAGGAAUUCUCGAGGUGUAAUUGCCGGGACGAUUCAGGUCAUAGAUGCGACAGCGAAGUGUUUCAAAAACGCAACUCCACUUCAUAUGGGGAUUUCAUCCGUUUAAGUGCUGAGGGGAGGACGACUGCGAAAGCAGUAUGCCUUUGUCCGCACCUUAUCGAGCGAGUGCAGAUAUAUGGGUUCAUAGGCGCAGGAACAUUUGGUGCCACAUUUAUUGCUCGCGAGAAAGGCGCUGCUGGUGCUUCCCUGGAGGACCUUCAACAAUUCGCAAUCAAAUCUCAAAUCCACACAACACAAUGGAUGGACACAUUAUCGGGUGUAAAUACUCAGAUGGGACCCUUCUAUGAGGCUAGCGGGGAGAAAAGAUAUAUGCCAGAAGAAGCACUUCUUCUGAUCUAUCUCGACGAUAGUCCAAGGUUCCCGCGGCUUAACUCGGUCUACACUCACGGUAUGCUAACAGCAAUUCUCAUGACCCCCUGCGUUGAUCCUAGCUAUGAAGCCAUUUCAGUUAUUGAUGAGGGUCAUUUUAACAGGAUCAAGUCAAAGGGGGCCAUACCACCGCGCAUCCGAAAGAGAUACCCCCCGUUUCCAUCUUUUGAUGGCAGCUAUCUUAUGUCCGCAGCCACCAAAGAACCUCAACUGGGGGAAAUAGAAGGUUGCAAGGUUGCUUCUCAGCUUCUCCAAGCUAUGAUAGAAUUAGCGGAUAUGAAGGUCUGCCAUGCUGAUAUCUCAGUGACGAAUUACCUAAUGGACCAAAACCUCAACGUUCAACUAAUCGAUCUUGGAAUGCUCUACUUCUCGCUUGAGAAAUCAGGUUUUGCAAUGAAAACAGACCACUUUAUUCCCUACCAAGAGUACCAAAUGAUGCCCGAGCGAGCCAUCGAACUGGAGAAGUACGACAUUUGGAGGGAUCCAUCCCACGAUGAUGUCUCUAUCGAAAGUAUCUACUUACCUGUUGACCAGCGGGAUAUUUGCCUGUGGAAAUAUUCAACGCUGGUUUACGGGUUUCUGCAUGGCUUCUGGGCCUGGGAUGAGCCUAAACCAGUGCCGAGGAGUUUGAACUGGCACGCUAGGUAUGAUGGCUCUUACAAUGACCCGUUCUAUCCAGUAGUCAAACGCAGACGCAAGAGAAUGAUCAACGAAGAUGUAGCAAUUAGCGAAUCACUCUCACAGGACUGCAGGGAUGUACUGCAAGCCACAUUGGCUAGAGAUAAAUUUGACCGGCCGUCGUUGGAAGAGCUAUCGUCAUUUCCUUGGUUUUCUCGCUGGUCUGCUGAAGAACUCGAGUCUGGUCGACCUUUGAAAAGACCCUUUAUCAAGAAAUUCCAUGAUAAAACCCGUGCAGAUGGUCGAAGGGGUUUUCCAUGGCCAAGUAUAUCACAGGAUCAAGGUAUAUCAAUCCCCAUCCUCAACAGCCCGAGAUAUAAUUCCUCUGGUUCUUCUGGUGGAUCUGAUGAUUGUGAAUAUGAGUAA